CUCAGAUCACGAGGUGGUUGACAGUCUUGUUAUAUCAGGUUGAAUUAUGAUUCAGGCAGAUACAUCGGAUAGUAGACCGAUGUUUGAACCAGAUGCUUCAUCGGUGCUUCAUCCGGCACCAUGUGACGACAAUGACAGUCAUACCUGCAGGCUGACGUCUAUAUAUUUGAUGUUUUUUACCAUCAAACUUCAAUGGAUUAGCUAUAUAUCCCAUCUUUGACCAACAGGUUGAAACAAUGCGCAGUCUUGACCAAAUCGAACCAGAAGCUUUCUGGAUUAGUCCCACCCCACAUGUGCCCAACUCCAAGCUCCCUGUUCUAGUCUAUCGCAACGCUCUGCAAGAUACCAGUCAGGAGAACAUCCUCGAUACCAUUGAGCCCAAUGACUGGCUAAAGGGUGGUCGGUUUACGACUUACAAGAAAGCGCAUUUCCACACUACUGUCCACGAAUGCUAUGCGGUUAUCCAAGGCCGUACGACAUAUCAACUGGGAAAGUCGCCAAUAGAUACGGAUUUCAACAAUGAAGGUCAAGAGAAUGGUCGGAAGCUAUCAGUUCAAAAAGGAGACGUCUUUGUGCUUCCAGCCGGCAUUAGUCACUGCUCCUUGGAGUCGGAAGGAGAUUACGAGUAUAUUGGACUCUAUCCUAGAGAACCAUCAGGGGCCAAGGCAAGAUUCGAUAUGAACUACGGGUUACAACCGGAACAUGAAACUGCAGAGCUGGCAGCUAAAUGCGAUCGACUUCCCAUUCCUGCUUUGGAUCCUCUUUAUGGGCAAGAUGGACCUCUUCCAAAAUUGUGGAGGGAAACUUUUGAAAGAUCACCGUAGGGAUCAUGCUACAGCAUGUUCAUCGUUGCCAUGUUUGCAAUUAUACACCUACAGACCUGUCACUCUAAACGUAUCUAUUGCCUCAAUACUAAAGAAUGUUGAUAGUCAAAUUGAUAAAGAAAAGGGUUGCAAUCCAC